AUGACCGGUGGAAGCUGUCCCACAUGUAAGAAGAAGGCUCAUCACCAGAUCGACUGGUUCAGCGAACUCCCCGAACACAUCCUCCGCCGCGUUCUCUCCUUCGUCGAUUCCAAAACCGCCGUCCAAACGAGCCUCCUCUCCCGGCGUUGGAGAUCCGUCUGGAAAGUCGUCCCCGCCCUCAAUUUCGACUCAAAAUCCUUCAACACCGACUCUAGCUUCCGUCGGUUCAUCUCCGAAAUCCUCUCACGCCGUUACGCCGCCGCAAUCGACCAAAUCAGUUUGGAAAUCGGGCACCCUGAGGAUGAAACUGAUGACAGUGACGAAGAUGAUGACGAUAUUGACCUGCCGGUCGACGCCACCCUCUAUCGGAAGCUCUCCAAUUACGCGGCAUCGCACGGUGGGAUCCAACGCUUGCGCCUCGUCGAUCAUGGGAACGGAGAUCUCUGGAAUCAUUUCGUCCGAAGCGGUUCCCCUGCUGCUUUCGGAGUGCUUGGCACUCUGCAUCUGGAGGACUGCAACUGCAAGGCGUAUUGUUUCCGCUCCCAGACACGGAGCCCCAGCCGCGGUCGGGUCGACCCGUUCGCGGGUUUCCCCAAUCUGAGGGAUCUAACCCUAAUGGGAUGCUCCUGGACGAUUGAUGGCGGCGACGAGGAGGAUGAUGUUUGUAAUUACUCCUUCUGCUUGAGAGUCUCUGGGAUCCAAUUGCGGAAUCUCAGAAUGGAGGAUUUCCACUCUCUGUGCAACGUAGAAAUAUUUGCACCGAAUCUCGAGUCGUUCUACUAUGCCGGUCAGUUGAGGCGGCUUGCGUUUGUUGAGUUGCAGCAAAUGCUUUGCCUUGAUCGGGCUUAUGUCCGAAUCUUGGGUUAUCAUACUCUCAAUAUUCCAGAGAAUCGGGAUUCUGAUGAAGACGAUGACUACCUUGUUCCGGUGGAUGUUGCCGUCCAGCUGUUAAAAAAAUUGUUCCAAGGAUUGCACACUGCAAAAACACUUGAACUACAUUUGGAUACCUUCAAGGUAAUCUGA